GUAAACAACCGAGACCGAGUCGAGUCGGGUAGUUCUCGCUUGUCUCUAUUUUCUCCGUCUGACAAGAUCGAACACGCCGGGCCGGGUUGUCACGCCAUGAAGGGAAUGAAUCCGGGGCACAACCUGUCUGUGGGCUGAAAACCCCGUCGGAGAACAAAUGAUUUCCUCCCCCCCGCAAAAGGCACGCAACUCGAAGCCAAGACACUUUGCAAACCCCGGAUCUUCCAGUCUCGGGGUCCAACAUCCUCGGCUGUAGUAGAGCAUCCCGUCAAAAGUUGUGUGUGGAGUAUCACCGACAGACACAUAUCUCUCUCUCCCUCUCCAGAUAGAGGCGGAUAAACACAUAAAACGCACACAUACAAACCCUUACACGCACGCGUGCGAGAUGCCCACAAAACGAGUCCGCCAGAGCGAGCGGCGCAGAUGCGUCCAAGCUUGCGCCAACUGCAAACGGCGCAAGGAGCGCUGCGAUGGCCAACAACCCUGUAGGAGGUGUGUGAUCCGCCGAGUUGAGCGCGACUGUGCCUUUGCCAGUCCGCCGACGGCUUUCGAUGCUCCAAAAGGCGGCUCCUCGUCUGCGAGAACCCCGGAUCGUCUGAGUUCUUAUCCUCUUCCUCCUCUUCUUCCUUCUCAUCCUUCUCAUCCCCCUUCUCAUUCCCCUUCUCAUCCUCCUUCUCAUUCCCCUUCUCAUCCUCCUUCUCAUCCUCCUCACGGAACCCCGGCCGCCCACGGUCAUCAUGCCUUCAACCCGUACGGGCAGGCCGCCGCCGCCUCUUUUCACGAAAAUGGCAGUGUCCUGUCCAGUCACCAUCAUCACAGGCGGGCCUCGUCACAGCUCAGCCACCUCUCCCAGAGCACCGUGGUGCCGCAGGUAUCCCGGCUCAUCGCCGACAGCAAGGGUCGCUUCAUGUUCAUCGGCGACGCCGCCAACCUGGCAUUCGUCAAGGUCAUCCGCCGUCUAGUCCGCGACCGGGUUGGCUCGUGUCCCUUCACCGACGACCCGCUGCGUCACAUCAUGGUCGAGGCCACCCCGGAAGGGCGUCCGAGAUGGGCCGUCACGAACCCGGCCGACGUCCCCGCCAAGCCGAGUCCGGAGCAGGCGAGAUACCUGCUCCGGUGGUACCUGCGGGCGACCAACUGCAUCCUCGACGUCUUCGACGAGGCGGAGCUGCUGGAGGACCUCGAGCACUGGCUGCGCGGCGAGCCAACUACGACGAUCCAGGACGACGAGGCCAUGAACUGCCUCUUCUACCUGGCCUUCGCCAUCGGAGCCCAGCGGUGUCCCGACGGCGACCGCGACCGCGACGCCGACGCCGAGAGGUACUUCAACUACGGCCGCUUCCUCGCCGUCUCGUACGCCAUGGAGAACCCGACCAACAACACGGUGCGCAGCUACGUCCUCAUCACCGUCUACCUCCUCGGCGCCUCGCGGCGCAACUCGGCCUUCAUGCACCUCGGCGUCGCCGUCCGUGCCGCCUACGCGCUGGGCAUCCACCGAAGAGACGGCGACAUCCCGGCCCGCCUCUUCUCGGCGCGGGAGAAGGACACCCGGGAGCGCCUGUGGAAGGCCCUUCGCGUCCUCGACCUGUUCCUGAGCGCGUCCCUGGGCCGCCCGCUGGCCACCUCCGAGACCCGCGACACGGCGCCUUCAUCCUCGUCGUCCUCGUCGAGCGAGGGAAAGGGGGACGGGGACGGGGACGGGGACGGGGUGCACUACUCUGCCUCGCUGGAUCUCUGCGCCAUCUUCGAGUCCAUCCUGAACGAUGUCUAUGCCAAGCGCAUGGUGUCCGCCGACGCUUUGGAGCGCAUCAGCGAGCGGCAUCGUCGUUGGGCCGCGAGGUUCAGCGACGGCCUCGCCGCCGACGGCAUGAAGCCGAGCAGGUACGUCGACGCCGCCGACGGCGAAAGGUAUCCCAACAUGGGGCUCUAUUACCUGAAAAAAGCAUACUACUGGAGCAUCAUGCUGCUAUCCCGGCCGUUCCUCAUCGAUUUUGUCUCGAGGAACAUUGCGCGGUCCCAGGCGUCGGCGACAGCAUGGGGCGACGAUACACAUACACACACACAUACACCACAGUCGUCGCAGCCGUCACCGUCGAGUCAGCUCCUCGUCCACGCCUGCGUCGACUCGGCGAUCCGCACCGUCGACCUCCUGUCGAGCCUCAUAUCGAACAAGAACGUCGCCAAGCGGCACCCCUUCGUCAUCAACUCGGCCUUUGUCUCGGCGCUCGUCCUCGGGUUGGCCAUCUUCGGCGACCUGGACGCCACGUUCCCGCUGGACCGCGGCCUCGACGACGCGCGGGCGCUCCUGCGCAAGUUCAGCCGGCACGACCCGGUCGCGAGCAGGGAGCUGUCCAUCGUCGAGCACCUCCAGGGCGCCUGCGUACUGUACAGGGAGAGGCGGGCGCGACGCAAGAUGGAGUGCCAGGGCGUGCUGAUCGGCGAGCUCUUCGGCACCGUCCACGAGGGCGCCCCGGCGGCGACGGAGAUGUUCAGGGCGGGGCCGAGCCUCUUUCAUCGGGGAGCCGGUGGCUUCGGUCCCGGUCCCGGUCCCGGUCUCGGUCUCGUAGACCACAGACACGGAGACGAUUCGGAGGUGGAGGCGGAGGCGGGCGAGGUGAGCGGUGUGAUUCAGAGUGUUUCCUUGACGACCGGGAGCACGGAUGGGCCGUCGAUGAUGGACGGCGAGGCCGGUCGAGGGCCGAACGCGCCCCCGAUGGACAUGUUUCUCCCCAUGUCGCCGAGGACGCUGCUUUUUGACUCGUACGGCCAAGACAUGCCCUUCUUCCCUACCAUGGAUGCCAGCUUGGCGCAUUUGGGCUACGCGGAUGAUGUGAUGCUGUCUGAUACGGGUGUCUUGCUCGAGCCUGCAUGCUAGAAUAGGCAUGAAAUUGUAUGGCCUAGUUAGUGAUGAUUAGUGAAGAAGCUUCUAAUACCCCCGAGACUGCGAACCUCUGACCGUCAGCUCUUUUGGCCUCAAGACCAGGGGGGGGUUCGCUAGUUCAAACAGUAUGUGUACGGCUCGCGCAGCCCAUCAAAUGUAAAUCAUGAAUGUU